UGCUGUAUACUGGUCAAUACGAAAGUAUGAACGUAGGAUGGCAGUGUCUCAGGAAACUCCCGUGAUUGCAGAAUACUAUGUAAAACUUCUCCACUUUAUCUUGUAAACUUUUUUUGAAGUGCCCAGAGGCCUAUGUUGAUUUUGGAAAAUGUACUUAUCGUAACUUAAAAGCAGGGUUUUCUUUCGAGUAAAAGAAAAGAAAACAAAACAAAAAAGCUUGUCGUGGAUUGAAUUUGUCAUAACAGAACAGGGACCCGGAAGCAGAAGCAGCGUUGCUAUUUAUAUUAUUGGGUUCUUGUUCUGUGUGUUUAUACUCAGCUGGAGUACAACACAGGCAGAGCAUACAUGGGAAGUUACACAUUAGGAAUGGAAGAUGAGCAAAUCUCUGUAAAUGAUGUUGAGAAAGAAAUGCCGAGUAUUGACUCUAAAGAUUUGGACCUGGAGAAUUCCAGGAAUUCAGAAGAAGAAUCUGUCGACGUUGGGAUAGAAAAUGCAGACUUUGUAAACAACGGCCAGCAAAUUAAAGUUAUACAACCCGAUGUUGUUCUGGACGUGCAUACACACAGGUUAGACAUUUGUGUUGAUCAGGAUGAACUAAGCGAUCAGGAAAUUGUAAGGAAACCGACAGCUGUUGACAUUUUAAAGAAAGGCUUCGGAACAUCGAAACCUGUAACAAGUAAUACUAUUGAUAAUGUUAAUGAGGACGAUCAAAAAGAAAGUCGGGAUGUCUCUGUGGAUGUGAUUCUUAAAAAGGGAACAGACCAACAAGGAAACUAUAGAGAAAGUGGAAUCAAAAACGAGCUGUGUAUAGAUCAGGAGAACGUAGAAAAUGUCGCACUGACUUCUGAUAAUGAAGUGAAAUUUACUUGCACUGAAUCUGAGACUGACUACGUUACCUAUACGACUAGUACCAUUCAAUCAAAAGGCAACGAGGAAACCUUCCAGUCGAAGGCACAUAUUUACUGCAGUGUGCACUGUAUGAAAAAUUACAAUUACAGGAGAUCGCCAUUAUUAGACAGUUUGCGAGAACAAAACAGUGUGGAAAGCCAAAUAACAUUAUCAUCACCGGUGAACAACAACACACAUGUGCAAACAGAGACAGAUCCAGAUCUUUAUUACAAUGAGCCUUUCAACAUAUCCAGUCUGAUUGAUUCAAAUUCUUUGGGGAACCUUUACUCUGGGGACUACAAGCCAUUUAUUGUGCUGACUUGUCGCGUUUGUCUGGAAGACAAGCAUAUCAAACCGCUUCAUUGUUGUAAGAAGGCAGUGUGUGAGGAGUGUCUGAAAAGGUACCUGAGCUCACAGGUGCAGCUUGGGCAGGCGGAUGUGAAGUGUCCCAUCCCAGAGUGCAGUGCACACCUGGAGGAGAGCAUGGUGGUGGCUCACCUGCCUAAUGAGGAGGUGGUUAAGUACAAGUACUUCCUGGAGCUGAGCAGGGUGGGCUCCAGCACCAAGCCCUGUCCACAGUGCAAGCACUUCACCACCAUCAAGAAGACAGGCAAUGUUGAGAGCCCUAGCAAAGCUGAAAACAAGUACAAGAUCCUGUGUGAAGUGUGCCAACUUGUAUGGUGUUUUAAAUGUCACUCGCCUUGGCAUGAAGGCCUGAACUGUAGAGACUACAAGAAGGGAGACAAGUUGCUGCGCCACUGGGCCAGUGAAAUUGAACAUGGACAGAGGAAUGCCCAGAAAUGUCCUAGGUGCAAGAUCCAUAUCCAGAGGACGGAAGGCUGUGAUCACAUGACCUGUUCCCAAUGUAACACUAACUUCUGUUACCGCUGUGGAGAGAGAUACCGCCAACUUCGCUUCUUUGGUGAUCAUACCUCAAACCUCAGUAUUUUCGGCUGUAAAUUCCGCUACCUCCCAGAGAAACCUCAUCUGCGCAGAUUAGUGCGUGGUUCUGUGUGUGCAAGCAAAAUCCUUAUCGCUCCUCUUGUUCUAGUGCUGGUGCUGGUGUUCGGAGCUGUAGCUCUUGUAAUAGGUUUAAUUGUCUUUCCUAUCUACUACCUUUGUAAAAGACACCGGAAAAGGUCCCAGGGUAGCGGGAGAUGGUUCUGCUGAGGGAAACAGGCCUUAUAAGGACACAAUGAACCUGUAGAACAGAGAGCAAUAGUAUGUACCAAAUACCCACCCAGCACCUUUGAAAUCAACUCUUGUCAGUUGUGGUCUCAAGAGUGCACCGUAGUGGAGUGUAGCACCAAUUCUUCUUCUGUACUCCGAGGUGUUUACUAGACAAAGGCCAUAUGGCUUCUUUUUGACAUGUCUUUGUUAAAUUUAUUAUUUCACUGUGUGUAAAUGGAUACAGCCAGUCCCUUCAAUUUCCACACCUCCCAAUAAACAGUUUUUUUUUGGACAAAUUUCCAGUCUUCCAUACCUGGAUACCAAGAAUCCACAACUCUCUGAUUUUACCAAUCGUCAUAUUCAGAGAAUCUACUUCAACAUUUUUAAUACUGCUGAUGCUGGUGGUUACAAGAGGGUUGCGGGCCCCAGGGCUUUGCCCAAGGUGUGUAUUUUAUAUACAGUACAGGGUGUAUAUAUAAAAUAUUACUUAUUGACUAAACAGCAAUGAUGGAGAAAAGUUAUUGGUCACACAGCACUGAAAUCUGGUAGGAGGUGUUGCCUCAUAAUGUUUGGGUGACAAUGGAAGUGUAGCAUGUAGCAACUCCACCUACCAAAUUUCAGUGCUCUGUGACCAGCAGGUCACUACAUGCACUGUCUUCCUUUUGAGUUCUUUGUCAGGUUCACUCAGUCUAUAUGAAACAGUAACAAAUAAAAUUAUUGUCAGAGGCAUUGUCAACUGUACUUUUAUUAUAUGAAUGAUGCUGAUAUUUUGCAAAGUUGUUUUAUUUUAUUUUUUUAAUUGUAUUUAUUCCUCCUCUUGAGACAAAUGCGAACAUGUUUGUUGUUGACUUUUACUUCAUGACAAGAUAGGAAUAUACACGAAUUGAAAGUUUUAAUGAGAAGGACUUGAUGAGUUUAUACAUUUUAAGUACACUAGUCUUAAAAAGAGCUGUACAUUUCAUUUCCAGUUUAGCUUACUGUCACAAAAAAAAAAGUUUUCCAUUACAGAUGUACGGAAGCAUCCUGGUGCCAAGUAAAAAAAAAAAAAUUAAAAAAAAACCACAGUAUCUGCUACGUCGGAGCUAAAGUCCUAAUUUUUUUUAUUUUUUAUUUUAUUUUUUUUUACUUGGCACUAGGACGUUUCCGUAGGGAUGCACCGAUUUCAGAUACUCCCCCCCCCCCCCCCCCCCAUAUUAAUAAUAUAAUUGUGAUUGAUCAAUGCCACCAGAAACCUGAGAUAGAAUUAUAUGCACAGUUUUGGCUUAUAUUAGUUCUAACAUGGUGACGUAACAGACAGAAAUUUUAGAACCGGCAGUGUUUAUUUUUAACGAUUGAAGAAGUGUUGAGAAUAACCUUGGGAAACUGAUUUAUUAUAAUUUUUUAACAAUUCAUUUUAAACUUCAGUAUUUUUUUUUUUAUUAACAUUUGUUGGGAGGAGCGCAGGGUGGUGUGCAGGAAAAUUAUAUGAAUUAUUAUUAAGAACCGGAGUAGAAAAUUCACUUGUUUGUUUUUAAAAAUUAAGGUUAGCAGUUUUAUUAUGAACCAUAUAUACACAGGCAAUCUCACACCACCACCUAAUCUUAUUAUACACAGGUCUUGCACCACCUCCAUGUAUAAUAAACACCGAAGUUUAUAGGAAAAGUAUCAUUCACCAUGUAUAAUAAUAAUAAUAAUAAUAAUAAUGAUGACAAUAAAACUAAAAUGAGAUUAUGGUAUUUUAUUAUUAAUCGCCACAGAUUCUGAUCCGAUCAUCAGUGCAUACCUAUAUUCCCUAUCCAGUUUCAGUUUUGCAGUAUAUGGGUGUACUAUAAAUAAGUCUGAGAGGAAAAUGCUAAUUAAAAAAAAAAAAAAAAAAAAGAAAGUAUUUGGUGACAGCUGCUGACAAAGACUUUUUUUUUCUAAAAGUUAAACUGUACUUUUCCACACAUUGAGUAAACAAUCAGAAAUGUUUUAAAAGUUGUUUUUCCGCCACUGGUGUAGAAAAACUGGUAUUUUAAUAAGUGUGAGUGUGUCAUUGUUCGGCACACCUGAUGCAUUAUGUACUGUAUGUGGCAUUGAUUAGUUGUUGAUCCCGAAAUACAGGUUAUAAUGUGGGAAUUAAAGGGCAUACUAUUUUAACGCAGCAGGAGUGGAUUUCAGCCCCCCCUUUUCUAAUGUUUACUUCAGUAAGAUCAUCAUGUCCUUUUGAAAAAGUUAUACAAAUGGUCAACCUAUGGUCCUUAGAACGCUUAUCUUGAGAAGAAGCCAUUGCCUUUACCUGUUUUUUUGAAGUCACCCAAGUAUCUAUCUCUAAAGAGAGAGAAUUGCCAUGGGGGAAAAAAUAUAUAUUCCAUGUUCAUGUAUAGUUAUAACUAUCAAAAGUGUACCUUGUAGCACUGAGGAAAACUUAAGAAAUGUGUUUGUCUAGUUUUCAAAA